AAAAUCUCACUAUCUCUGUGAUGUUCCCCCCCCUUUUUUACGGUCGGGAAUGAGGAUGUCGCUGUUGGUUGGAUACUAAUAGGCGUUCUUUUAGGUAUAUUGGGGCGGUAUUAUUCCGUCCGACACACUUUAGGGCAUUACCGCUCAGCUGGAGUUACAGCGGCAUAUUCUGUCUCAUUGCUGGAAAGCCCUGAGCUGCUCCUGCGCGUUCGGUUCGCUUUAGAACGGAGCAUCCAGGCAACUUUUCGACAACAUCCUGGUUUACAUUUCGGCGUUUCAGAUGAAAAGAGCGCCGGUAUUCCACUGUUCAAGCAACUGCAUCACAUUGAUCGAGAGGAUGUGCUUGAGAUUGUCCCUUUCCGUGAUUCUACGUCAAUGAGUGACGAAUCGGGUGAGCCCACAGCAGAUACUAUACUAUCUCAGGUUCUCGGUGACCGGCAUGGCGCAAUCUGGCCCAGUAACAAACCAGCCUGGAGGGUUGUCGUCUUAGAACAUUUGCGCAACAAAACCGAAUCGAAUUCAAAUCAAGCUGUUCUCGAGAGGCUUGACAUCGCAUUUCUUGCACACCACGCUAUUGCGGAUGGGCUCAGCGGCCUAGCCUUCCACGUGUCCCUGAUGGAAAACCUACACGAUAUCUCAGCAUCAGCCUCACCACCAACUUGGCCCAUGGCCUUCAAUGAGACGCUGGAGGCGCCAGCUACCGUUGAAGAAUGCGUGGACUGCCUCGGGUGUACUUGUGCUCGCUGCGAUGCUUCCCCAUCUUGCCACGAUCAAGUGUGGGCUGGGGCUGCUGUAUCCCCAGGGUCAGCAACGAUUUUCAAAUCUAUGGCUCGAGUGGUGACGAUCCCAGCUGAUAGGCUUUCGGGUGUUUUGCGAAGGUGCAAGCGGUCUAAUAUCACCCUGACCGGACUCCUACACGCGUUGAUUUGUGCCUCUCUCCACCGUGGUAUUCCUGAGGACCACAGCGGAUUUCGAGCAGUGACGCCCUUUUCGGUGCGCCGGCACACCAAAGCAUCGGAUGGUGAUAUUGUCAACCACAUCUCCUACUUAACUAGCUACGUACCCCGUGACCAGCUGGAUAGGAUUGCACAGUGUGAACACGGCUCCGCAUCCGAGGAACGCGCGAUCGUUGAACUGGCACAGUCAUUUGGCAGAGACAUAGGGACAAAGGUUAGAGAAUAUCCUCAUGGCAGCAUGGUGACACAGCUUGCCCGCAUUGGUGACCUCCUAUCGCACUGUCGAAAUCAAAACGGCAAGCCGAGGCAAUAUACGUACGAGCUAUCGAACCUGGGUCGAGCCCCCAUGGUUGCUUCAUCGAAGAGUAAUGGCCUGAAGCUCGAGAAGGUUGUCUUUACGCAAUGUGGUAUGGUAACGGGUCCAGCACUUGGAUUCAAUUGUGUGAGCGUGCCUGGGAGACCUCUUACAAUCAGCAUUACUUGGCAGUGCGGGGUGGUAGAGGGAUCACUUGUGGAACAGGUGGCGCGUGAUUUGGAGAAGAUGUAGAGCAACGACUUGAUAGCUCGUUUAGACCGAGAAAGGGGUGGAUACCGUCACUGAAUUACUCGCAGCCGGUGAAUAUGUCAGAAUUGGUGUAGAGCUGUAGCAUAUCCUAUUCGAGUUACGGUAUCUAGAGCUCAGAGCAGCCGGCUCUGUCGGGUUCUUUGAUGUCCUAGAAGACAGUAUCUCCCAACCCCACUAGAACAGAGGGAGUGGGCCGGGAAUGAUUGGCUGAAA